UGAACGCGUUGGAUUGGUUUUAAGAAAGUUUUCUUGCCUUUUGAUCGGCCACAGCGUUUUUUUAAUGGUCUUCUCUCGAGGAAAAUCUUUCCGGAAUGUUUCUUUUAAUAUUGAGGAUUUUUGUUAUUUCAGAAGCGUUUACUUUGCUUCGAGGUAAGUACAGCUUUUCCGAUGAAUCAAUACAUUGUCCUACUCAAUUUCAACUUAUGUUACUUUGAUAACUUAACUGCUAGUUUGAAUGUUUCCUUUUUUUAUAAUGACGACGCUAAAUAAAAUCUCGAGACGAUCAUGUUGAGAAAUUUACCCAUCCGUUACUCGUUAACCAUUACUUUAAAAGCACAAGUGGGUUCGAAUCGUUGGUAUCCAAAUAUUAAAAUGCUGGUCUCUGUUUGUUUAUUUCGCUUAAGACGGGUUCAUUUUAAAAUAAAAAAUGCAAUACCUUUCUCAGUUGUGUAAAAUGGAUUUAUCUUUUUAUAAUAACAUAAUGUUUAACUUCAUGUAUCGUUUACGAUGAAAACUUCAUUGUUACAAGCCCUUCAAUAUCAGUUUCGGGUACCCAUCAUUCCAUCAAGACUUCUUCAACUUAUGAAUUUAAUCCCUUUCCCUUCUGUGUUUGUUAGCUUCUGGUUCAGACUUGUGUCCUCUCAUCUUCUUAUUUAAUGACCUUUGCAUGUAAAUGAAAGCCACUUUCAGGAAAUUUUGUAGUAAGGUUCUUCAAGCGCAAUACAUAUAUUUAUGGUUGAAGUCGUGUAAAGAAUGUUUUUUCAGUACAAGGGUACAAAAAACGGAAAACGCAAACAAACAUUCAAAUAUAAUUUAUUUUUGAUGUUAUCCUUGAAAUGUUAAAUCUUAUUGACGUUGAUAUAUUUUCGCUCACGCUUCAAAAUAAACUGUGAAGUUUUUCCGUUUGGGACUUCACUGGGUCAAAGUUUCAUCCAAUCAGGGAAGUUAAAAAAAUCCAUAUUUUUUUUCGUUGACUCAUGAACUGGUCCAAGUUUUUCUUUUUCUUACUGGUUGGAAAAUUAUUGAAAUAUAUAUUGAUUGACUUGAUAUUGUUGCUGCUUUGUUUCAAAUCGAUCGAUUUAUCGGUCGUCAUUGAUUUUAAAACGGCUUAAAUGAUGUUAUAUUAAACAAUUAUUCACGAAGUGAAGUUACAUUGUGGUGGAAAUUUACCUCGCUGCUUUGCGGCUCGGAAGAAACCCAACCACUUUCACCGACACUUAGUAAGAUAAUUGUUACAAAAUACAUUACACAUGAGCCAAAAGAGUAGUUUAUUUCCGACAGUAUACUGAAUAUCAAACUCUUGAUGCGGGAAUUUUGUCUCUUUGGUUGUUCAGAGGUGAAAAGUACUUGUUAAGCAUUUCCGAGUUAGCUCAUCAGCGUACGAAAAAGUUCUAUUCACCCGUGUAGUAGGCGCUUGUUUGCUUUUUGGAGUAAUGUUCAAACGAGUUUGGAAAGUUAUCCGGGAUUAUAUUGGUUUUGCUUUACCUCGGUCUGUGAUUGGUCCAUAAAAUUUACGCCACAAUCUCAACCAAUCAAGUGCAAAGUUUUAAUCAAUCUUAACUUGGUCACUCACGUUUUCCCGUGCUUCAAGCAGCUUGCUGGUUUUUACCGUCUUUGUGAUUGGCUGUUGUGAUCACUUUGGUUUUGGUUUUCUUACACCCAAACGGAGUGUGCUCUUUCACAUGUCAGUCCCACUCCUAUCGGUGGCAACCUCUACUAAGAGAAUCAUCUUUUGCGUUAAUCAUCCAUAAAGAACGUAACGUAAUCAUCGAAUGAAUUCUAACCCACGUUCAGAUUGCAACUCAACAUGACUUUACCUCUCUUUUUCGUCACCUCGUUCUAGGAGUACCAAUUUUUGAGCCCGUAGGAUGCUACCUUGACAGCGGUACCUCACCUCGCCCCAUGCCACUGCUUCUUAAGGAUUUUCGCCCAGAAAUGAACUGGAAUAAUAUCGAGGCUGUAAUUAAACAGUGCGCAAGCUUGGCAUACAACAGAAGUCUCAGGUUGUUUUUAGAUCUCCUGUUGCUAUAAUACACGUCACGUUGCACUUAAUUUAUGAAUUUAUGUAUGUUGCUCAUUGGGUAUAAUUACUACGUUAUCUUACUUCUUUGUUGCUUCGGAUUCAGCUAUUUUGGACUACGCUAUUAUGGACAAUGUUGGUCCGGUGCAACCGCUGAUCAAACGUACAGUCGUGACGGACCGGAUAAGAGAUGCGUGAGAGGAGUAGGCCUGGAAUCAACCUACUUUGUGUACAAAUUUUAUGACUACAGUCAUCAAGGUGAGAAACAGGGACAGGUUUACCACUUCCCAUUUCCGUAUUGGAAAAAAAAGCAUACAUACACACGUUAAAACGGCGCGACAUGUGACUCUGAGAACUGCGUAAGGGAGUCUUUUAAGGAAGUGUGUAAGUGGUUCUAAGGCUCGUGGGUUAAGCGUUCCCGUGUGAUAAUUCAGAAAGAAAUGUACCGAGUAGUAACAGUGCUGUAUAAAGAUCGUUUCAACUCAACUUAUUCGCAAGCUUUCCGGGGAACCAGUUCUACUAAAUUCAAUGUCUACCUACGUGAUGGGCAAAAUAAGUAUUCUUCAAUGCAAAAUAACAUGAAAUGAAGUAAAUAUACGCAAUCAAAUUUUCUGCGCUUUAUUUUUCAUAGUUCCCGGAUGUAAUAUGGUGUGGAAGGCUCAGGAUAACUUCUGUUUUCUUGUGUCUGCAAAUUACAGUUCAACCGAGAAUAAAACGAAGGAAUACUGUCAAAAAAAUGAAGGAGACUUGUAUUAUGCAACAAAUAAAAGUGCAUUCCGCCUACUGGAACAGUUCCUUUACACGAUUGGGUCGAGUGCAAAUGGCGGAAAAUCUUCCCAAUGUAUUGUGGUAGGCCUUUUGAAUGCAAGCUCCUUCUCAAACUUACCUCUUACACAGCAGAAUAAAUCAAACUCGAUGACACACAUCUGUGCCACGAGAUUGCCAAGCCAAUGGAAGUUACAAGGAUGUCUUGUUAACAGCUGCGAUCAUUUGUGCAUCGCGCCCAGAGGUGAGGGUAUAGAUAUAGAAAUAUCCGUAUUUCACUUUACAAAAGGGAGAUUCCCAGGGGGAAGGAGGUUACGGCGGGGACCACAAUAGCCGCGUUCGGGUUAGGGUUAGUGUAUUUAUUACAAUUAUUUUACCCCGGGAAAUCUCAAACACCUAAGAUCUCGAACCGGGAAUUUAUAGACUCCACGAAAGGUUGAGUUCAACUGGACGCGACUAAAAAAAGAGAAAUCAACUUUAAUACUUCUUCAUUUCAGACAUCAGCCCUGUUUAUGGAACAUUCAUCCAGCAUGCCACAGACGCUGCUUUCACAGGUCACAUGAUUACCAGCCUGCUCGUCGAUGACGUCACUGUAUGUGCACGUGAAUGUCUGCUCUAUCGCAAUUGUGUGUCGUUUAAUUUCGAAUAUCUACCGACUGGAGGUCGAGAAUUAAUGAGUUCAGGAAGGGUCUGCGAGCUGAAUGACGAAAUUAGAGACAAUUGUUGGGCAAAAUUUCAUCGACGGAACAAUUAUAAAUACUAUGAAAGGCUGCAACUGUAA